AUGGCCACCGGCGGCUUCAAGUCGAGCGCCACUACAGACUUCCUGGAGGAGUGGAAGGCCAAACGGGAGAAGAUGAGAGCCAAAAUGCUGGGGGACAUCGCCGCCGCCACCGGGGCGGGUUCGUCGGGGAACUGCCACACGGCGGAGGAACCGCACAACCCCAAGAGCGAAUCGCCGGAGCGGGGAAGCCCGACCGAGUCUCCGUCGCCGUCCGGGAAAAGCAAGGAGAAAAAGAGCAGCGGGCCCAGCGCCAGGAAGGGCAAAGGGCAGAUCGAGAAGAGGAAGCUGAGGGAGAAGAGGAGGUCCACAGGUGUGGUCAGCAUGCCGUCCAACGAGAGCCUGGACGAACUGGAUGACGACGACGGCGGGGAAAAGGACGGGCGGGAGGAAGAGGAGGAGCGGCUGGUCCUGGCCAACACCUUCCAGAACGAGGCCAUGACGGCGGAUCCGUCUACCGGUCUGGUUGCGAACAUGGGAAGAUCUGCGAAUAGUCGCUCUAAAAGCUGCAGCAGCGCCGACGAGGAGAGCCGGCAUCGCCAGGGCCGCCACGUCAGAGACGCCGCGCCGGGGAGUCUGGAAAAAAGGCUGGAGGAGCUGGAACAGGAGCUGCUCCGGGAGCGCCAAGAGAACGAGCGUCUCCUGAAGGCCCACCAAGAAAAAGACGAUGUCAUCGAGAAGCUCAAGGAGGAGAUGGACCUCCUCUACCGGGACUUGGACGACAUCGAAGACGAAAACGAGCAGCUGAAGCAGGAGAACAAAACUCUCCUGAAGGUGGUCGGUCAGCUGACCAGGUAG